CUCCUGAGUCUCGCCUUGCUAAGGGACGAACUAUCGCCAAACGGUUUCACUUCCCAUCAAUGUUUUGUUCUCCUUUUUAAUUCUGCUCUCAAAUCUGUGAAGCAGUCAAUUCUAAAAUUCUAAACAUAGUGACCGGACCAGGCAACAAGACGACCCCUUAGAUGUUGUUGCCUGUGCCAGUUUGACAAUUCCACUGAAGUCUACCCGACAAUAGAAGGCAUGGAGCUAUCGGAGCAACAGGCCAGCUAAGAAUUCCUCGAAGCUAUUCUUGCUACGCAAUCGGUCCUUCGAUUCGUCCUCUACGAGAGCCUAUGCGAUCUUGAUCUCCGAGAAGGAGGAGAAGCGAUUUGAACAGAAAAACCCGCAUCAUUCCACGGAACAGGGAGAAAAUCUUCAUCUGCUCACCGAAGUGCCAUCAUGAGUUCCAGCGGAGGAGAUGCGAAGCUGUUCGCUAGGGUAUGUUUCGUCUUGUUUAUGUGCUGCACCGUCGGAGUUCAAGCCGUAUCGAUCGGCGGCUGGCAGACCACUUAUCAUUAUCCCCUCAUCCCCUCAUGUUGGUUGAGCCUACCUUAUAUGUGGUUUGGCUUAGCCCUCAAAUGAACUGGUCCCCUCUCGUUCUUAACCUCUCGCCUUUUCAGACCGUGAUUUCUAUACUAUAUCAUUUCCUCAUGCCCUACGGCUUCCCCCAGGCGCUCCUUAUAACCUACACUCAUCGGAAAUUAUCACACCCACCUUAUGUUACUUAGUGUACUUCCUUAUGCAACUCAGCAUGGCUUACCAUAUUCCCGAUCUUCACAGGGUAAAGUCGCGGAGUUGCGACAAGAACUCCAUAGUGGCGGCAAGAAGGACAAGAACUACUCCGCCAAAAAGAUUGCCCUCAAGAAGAUCGUCGCAAACAUGACUAUGAGCAAUAACGAUAUGGUGGCACUAUUCCCGGAUAUUAUCGAUUGUAUGAACUUGCCGAGCUUGGAAAUCAAGAAGAUGUGCUUUCUUUUCCUAGUCAACUACUCGCGAAUGAAACCCGACAUUGCCUUGAAGGCACUACCUAUCCUCGUUAAUGAUAUGGAAGACACAAACCCACUUGUGCGAGCCCUGGCGUUACGAACUAUUUCAUACGUCCAUGUGCGGGAGUUCGUCGAAGCGACUGUUCAACCUGUCAAGCGGUUAAUGGGGGACAUGGAUCCAUAUGUGCGCAAGACCUCCGCAUUCUGUGUCGCAAAGCUCUAUGAGCAUGAUAAGAAGCUGGUUGAGAGCUCCGAUCUGAUCGACAGGUUGAACCACAUGUUGAAGGACGAAAACCCUACGGUUGUAUCCAGUGUGCUCGCCUCUCUGGUAGAUAUUUGGGGCCGGAGUGAGACUAUCUCUCUGACCAUAGACUACACGAGUGCGUCGAAACUGGUCUCGAUCCUUCCUGACUGCUCUGAGUGGGGUCAAACCUACAUUCUGGAGGCCCUAAUGUCAUAUGUCCCUCAAGAUUCCGCAGAAGCACUCUUGCUAGCAGAACGAGUAGCCCCUCGCUUAUCCCAUUCGAACUCCGCGGUUGUCCUGACCUCGAUCCGCGUCAUCCUCUAUCUCAUGAACUAUAUUGCUGAUGAGAGGCAUGUUACUUCCUUGGCUAAGAAGUUAUCACCACCUCUUGUCACCCUCCUAUCAAAGCCACCAGAAGUACAAUACCUGGCGCUUCGAAAUGCAAUUCUGAUACUACAAAAGAGGCCCGAGGUUUUACGAAACGAUAUUCGGGUGUUCUUUUGUAACUACAACGAUCCCAUUUACGUCAAAGUGACGAAGCUAGAAUUAAUAUUCAUGUUAACAACGGAAGAAAACAUCUCUGUCGUACUGGCAGAAUUAAGAGAGUAUGCGACCGAAAUUGAUGUCCACUUCGUGCGUAAAGCUGUGCGCGCCAUUGGAAAGUUAGCGAUUAAGAUUGAGUCUGCCGCGCGACAAUGCAUCGAUACUCUUCUCGAGCUGGUCAAUGCUAAGAUCCCUUACAUUGUCCAGGAGGCAACCGUUGUUAUCCGCAACAUUUUCCGCAAGUACCCCAAUCAGUAUGAAAGCAUUAUUGGCCGCAUCAUUCAAAAUAUCGAUGAAUUAGACGAGCCUGAGGCGAAGGCCGCAAUUAUCUGGAUCAUCGGGCAAUACGCCGACCGCAUUGAGAAUUCAGACGGCCUUCUGCAGGAUUACUUAGCUACUUUCCACGAUGAGACUAUAGAAGUACAGCUCGCUUUAUUGACAGCAACCGUCAAAUUCUUCAUUCAACGCCCGACAAAGGGCCAGCAGCUAGUACCCCAAGUGCUCAAGUGGUGUACCGAGGAAACAGACGACCCGGACCUCCGGGACAGAGGUUACAUGUAUUGGCGUCUUCUGUCGACGGAUCCCAAAACUGCACGACAGGUCGUCAUGGGUCAAAAGCCCCCGAUCAGCGCAGAAAGCGAGAAGCUGGACUCUCGAACCCUGGAAGAGCUCUGUCUGAACGUCGGCACCCUUGCGACUGUUUACCUGAAACCAGUCCAGCAAGUCUUCCGCUCCGCGCGUACGCGGCGACUACAAUAUAGCCCUGCCCUACAGAAAUCUCAAAAUGAUGAUGGAAGUACUGUGUGGCAAUACCAAGUUGACCCGGCUUCCACUACAGUUGUUACGCCUACCUCAGCGACAAACGGCGCGGCUCCGGCACCAGGUGACAUGAAUGCAGCAGUGAAUGCUGCUGAUUCCUACUUCAAUAGCGUCGGUACUCAGCAGAUGGCAGCGCUGGACCUAGGUGGUCGCGGGAAUGGUAUUGGAGGCGGCGGCGCACUGCAGACGCAGUAUGUUGUCACCCAAAAUCAGCAACAAGUGUAUCAGCCCCAGCUUGCUGGUGGAGCAGCUACGGGAGAGUUAUUAUUGUUGUAAUAUAGCCUACCUAAG